CGUUUCCCAUAAAAUUGUCGUUGUCCUCUUGUUGUCGUUCCGCACUCUUGUUGUAAUCGAUAUCAACAUCAAGUGUUUCGGUUUAAUCUUUAGGAGCUUUCUUUUUCUAACUGAAAAAUCGUGCAACGUACGACAAGAAAAGUAGUACAGCUGUUGGACUACCCACGUACAGCUGUUGAAGGAACGUCCAUCUACAACAAGAAUCGUCGUACCAUCGUGAAACAGAAUAAAUGUUGCAAUUUCAUCGUUUGCAAAAAGAAAAAGUCGGUUAUAAUUCUGUCAUCGUCUCAUGUUCGAAAGGCAGCAGCUUCACCGACAUUCCAACAAAAACUCUGUCAGGCCCCAUUUUGUACCCCAUAGUGGUCAACUGUCUACCCAUUUCUCGCUUCGCUCAAGAAGUUGUCGCAUCAAUAUCAAUUUGUUCAAAAGUAGAAAUUAAUAUACACCCCUUUUUAUUUCCCACAGCCACACCGACAUCCGGCAACGUAAGUAGUAGCAGGAGUAGCUGGCAUUCCAGUCUGCCCCCAAGAAAGUUCUUCUACUUACACCUUCCCCAGACUAGCUGCAUUGGCUUUAUUCUCGCUGGAUUUUUGCAAAUAACACACAGAACAACAGGAACAACAAUGAAUGUCUUCGCAUUCAUCAACAUGAUCGUUCGUCGUUGCCGCGACGCCGGCACUACUGGGGCGGCUGGAUGGUCGUAGUUGUUCUACUUCCUAGUCGUAUUUGAGAGCGGCUUGUUCUUGCGUCGGGCAGUAGUCAGAACUACCACAUCAUCAACCAUGGCCGACAUCGUGGAAGCGGCUGAGCGGGAGGAGGUGACGCUCAAACUGCAGAUGGUGGUCCGGCUGAAGCGCGCGCGUGCCGAGAUGAAGAAGCGCAAGGAGCAGCGGGAAGCGGCGACGAAGCUGCAGUCGAUGCAGCGCGGGAAGCAGGCGCGGGCGGAGGUGAAUAAACUGAAGGACGACAAAAAGCUCCACGAAGACAUGACGCAAGCGGCCAUCAAGAUCCAAUCCCACCGGCGCGCGCAGCUGGCCCGGAGAAAGUCGGGGGACUACCGGACGGAUGCGAAGAUAGACGCGGUGUUGUUCGCUUUAAACCCCUUGAAUUUGUUUGCGAAAAAGAAGGAGCUGGCGCUCGCGUACUACGGCAAGACGAAACAGGACCAGGAAAACGCCGCACUGAAGAUCCAAUCCAUACAACGCGGAAAGCAGGCUCGCGCGGAGGUAGACGCCCUGCGCGAGGCCAAGGAGCAGGACGCGGCCGCGAGCAAGAUCCAGGCGGGCUACCGGCAGAAGCAGGCGAGAGAACAGGUGGACGCGAUGCGCGCGGAGAAGGAGGAGCAGGAGGGCGCGGCGACGCUGAUCCAGUCCAACUGGCGGGGGCGGCAGGACCGGGAGAGCCAGCGUAUCGCGGCAGAGCAAGACGCAGCCGCCACCUCAAUUCAGGCGGCCUACCGUGGAAAGCAGGCGCGGAAGAAUAGAGGUGUGGCAGAGGGGGGGUUGGUGGAGGACGAGGAUCUGACGCUGGCCUCCGGCAUGUCCGGCGCGUCCACGGAAUAUUGGCUGGAAAUGACGGACGACGGGGGCUCGCAGAUCUACAGGCCCCGCGGGGAGGGCGAGGCCGACGAGCGAAACGAGUCCAUGUUUGAGGCUAUCGUCGCGCGCGCCAGCGAGUACGCGGUGUUCGCUCAGAGUUUAUUUCCCGACGAACACGAGCUGGGUGUGCAUAUUCUGUAUGCCAUACAAAUUUACUACCGUUCACUGACAGAAGGUUAUGCAUAUAUCGCUCGGACGAGGACAUGGGCUGGAAGACAGCGGUUGUCAUCGAGAAUCAGGCAGAAAACAACGUUUACAUGAGUCUUUGUCUUGUCAUCCGAGGUCAGCAUUUCCAGUUGUAGAUACUCAUACGUCGCGUACGGUAUUAAAUUUCGUCUUGAUACGCAGAUUGAAGAGAAGAUGAAAGACGCCAACCCGCUGCUAAUCAAGCCGACCGAGGAGCCGGAAGUCCCCGACGAGGAGAGGGUCGCGAUCGAGAACCUCCGGCGAAACAAGAAAACCCAGCGCCGGGCGAGCACGGUCACCUUUGAGCAGGACGUGAAGAAGCCUCUGCGACGGUCCGUCACUUUUGCGGAGGAUACCGAGUGGGGCUUGGAGUUAGCCAAAAAGAAAGAACCAGAACCCCAACCCGUCGGGGGUUUCACCAUGUACACGAUGUUUUUCAUCCUGCGGCUGCAAUACCGGUUCCGGCAGCGACAGAAGAGGCGCACGGAGGCAAUUUUGAAGUUGCAGCGAAAUUUUCGCAAACUGCUGGAGACCAGGAACGCCCGGCGCAAGUGCGGGGGCUGUUGCUGGCGAAAGACGGACAAAGGGGUCUUCAAAUGCUGUUGUGGCCGGUACUACUGCGGCUCUUGCCAGACCUGCUGCCCCCACUGCUGCAAGGGCGAAGCAAUACCCCCGCCGCCGCCAAAGCGGAGGCGCGGCGUGUUUUGCUGUCUGCUGCAGUGCGCGUUUUGUCCCUGCACCACGGCGGCGUCCUGUUUCAAAUGGUACUGCUGCUGCUGUUGCGGAACCACGUGCUUCAAGAAGAAGCGGAAUUUGGCCUACGAAGACAAACAAGACGGAGAAAAAUUCUUAAACGUAGCUCUCUCCGCAUCCAGGCAGAAAGAGGAUCCGGAAGGUUAUGCCUUGCAAAAGUGUAAUUAUCAAUAUCUCGUCCUCGUACGUCGAUUUGGAUUUGCAUGACAUUGCAAAAUUGGACUUCGUUGUCCCCCGUCCAACUCAGAAUUGCAAUUAUCAAAAAUUUAUAUAGCACUUGCCGACAUCACUUCAACUUCGAGUAGGCACGAGCGUACGAUUUCGAUUACGAUUAUGUUUUUGCAAUGCAUAAAGGUGGGAGCACGCUGAUUUCGCGCUCCUUCAUUCCCAUGCAGCAGAGCUCGCUGGGCCGGGCCAUCUUGGAAAACCGAAAAAAGCAAAAGUCGCCGCUAUUGAUAGACCAAAUUUACCACCAGCCAGCACGGGGGUUAGAACCGGAGAAACCCCUGAAAAGAAACUACUAAGAGCAAUAGAUGUCUCUUCACAAUUGCUGCUCACCGGCGUUGAAAGUAGUUUCCAACCACCAGUGGUGGUGGUGAUAAUCUCGUCGUCGCACAUACUCAAGAAAGGCCAACAAGCGCGUGUGUUUCAUAGGCCCAGCUGCGCCAUUUGGAAAUACGACCACUUACACGUAUAGUUCGAAGUAUUAGACGCAUUCAUCUGCUGACGAGAUGGCAAAAAUAAACGCUUCGCGCGCGUUCUUAUCUGGAACAAGAUCCAAAGUGAAGUUUCUAUAACUACAAACACUAAAAUGCACAGCAGGUUGAGUUGAAUGUUUAUUUUCAGAAAGUGAAGUUGCAGUACACUGCAACCACUUCGAUUGCUG